CUGGAGAAUUCAAAAUUGUCGCUCUUAACGGCUCCUCUCUCUUCUCUCUCCCUUCUUCGUCGCUCUUUGCCCAAACACUAGGGUUUCACCGACGCUCUUGCAUGAGCAGAUUCGCCUUUUCUCACAUUUUUCCUACUUUAGGGUUUCUAAUUGUAGAUUUUACGGCGAGAUGAAGCACUUUAUGUGGCCAAGAAACGGUAUCUCGCGAGAUGGCGGAGAACCGCACUCGCCGAAGCCAACUAUGUCGAAAUCGAAGCCUCCACGCAAAAUCAGAUCCGCCAAAGAAAACGCUCCACCUCCGGAUCAGAACUCGUCGACGCCCGACCAUAGGUCGGCGACGAAAAUGAAGAGUCAGUUGCCCCCGCGUCCGCCGCCGUCUAAUCCUCUUAAACGGAAGCUCUGCGCGGAGGUUGCGGCGGAAAAUGCCAUAUCUGGGAACUCAGACUCUGGUGUCAAGGAGCAAAUGUUUCAGCUUGUGGGAGCCCCUCUUGUUGAGAAUUGUCUAUCUGGGUUUAACAGUUCUGUAUUUGCCUAUGGACAGACUGGUAGCGGGAAAACAUAUACUAUGUGGGGUCCUGCAAAUGGAUUGUUGAAAGAGCACCUCAGUGGUGAACAAAGAGGAUUGACCCCACGAGUCUUUGAACGUCUGUUUACCCGAAUCAAAGAGGAACAAGUCAAGCAUGCUGAAAGGCAACUCAAUUAUCAGUGCCGUUGUUCAUUACUCGAGAUUUACAACGAGCAAAUAACAGAUCUACUGGAUCCGAGCCAGAAAAACCUAUUGAUUAGAGAAGAUGUCAAGACAGGUGUUUAUGUUGAAAAUCUGACUGAGGAAUACGUGAAUAACUUGACUGAUGUGUCACAGCUUCUGAUUAAGGGUUUAGGAAAUAGAAGGACUGGUGCAACGAGUGUGAAUGCAGAGAGUUCAAGGUCACAUUGUGUAUUUACUUGUGUUGUUGAAUCCCGAUGCAAGAAUGUUGCAGAUGGGUUAAGCAGCUUCAAGACGAGCCGAAUAAACCUUGUUGAUCUGGCUGGUUCUGAACGACAAAAGCUAACUGGUGCAGCUGGAGAGCGUCUGAAGGAAGCUGGGAAUAUCAAUCGAUCGCUCUCUCAGCUUGGGAACUUGAUAAACAUCCUCGCAGAGAUUUCUCAAACAGGGAAGCCGAGGCAUAUACCUUAUAGGGAUUCCAGGUUAACAUUUUUAUUGCAAGAGUCUCUUGGUGGGAAUGCAAAGUUGGCAAUGGUUUGUGCAAUUUCUCCUUCACAAAGUUGCAAGAGCGAAACCAUCAGCACCUUGAGAUUUGCUCAGCGCGCAAAGGCAAUACAGAAUAAGGCUGUUGUCAAUGAAGUGAUGCAAGAUGAUGUAAAUGUUUUGCGUGGAGUAAUAAGUCAGCUGAAGGAUGAACUACAAAGGAUGAAGGAUAAUGUAAAUAAUCCAAGCAAUCCAAACUUAGCUUAUUCUACUGCAUGGAAUGCACGUAGAAGUUUGAAUCUAAUAAGAAGCUUUGGUCUGUGUCAUCCAAGGUCCUUACCUCAUGAAGACGAUGACGGAGAUAUUGAGAUGGAAAUUGAUGAGGCUGCUGUUGAAAGGCUUUGUGUUCAAGUGGGUUUGCAAUCAUCUCUAGCUUCUGAGGGGAUCAAUCAUGAUAUGAACAUGAUCAAUUCAUCCCUACAAACCCUUAAUGACAACAAAUCGUGUCCUAAAUCAUCUGAUGGCCAAUCCACAGAAAAGCAGCCUCCUAAGGACACAUAUGUUGCCAUGGAGGAUGCUAGUUGCCAACCUGAGAACAUUGAACCAGAAACAGUGGAUAAUGCGAGAACUGAUACAGAGACGGGCAUCACAGCAAAUCAGAUCAAGACACCCUUGCAAACUUUGGAUCACGACUCCAAUUCGCAGCCUCUUUUAUUAAAGGAUACUAUUUGUUCUUCACCAAACGAGACAGAAGAUGUGCCAUCAUGCCCUGGCUUGCUUCUGGAAGACGUUGCUUCUGCAAAUGUAUCUGUAGCUGAUGGAUUAAAUGAACCAGAGCACUUAGUGAAUUCUGCAUCUCCUAGUCUUUGUAUAGAUCCAGUUGGCGCUGCUCCUGUAUUAAAAUCUCCCACACAUAGCGUCUCUCCUACAAUUAGAAAUAGCAGGAAAAGCUUGAAGACAUCGGAAAUGUCAACAGCAUCUCAGAAGAAGGAUACUGAGGGAGACAAGCUGGUCAUCGAAACUGCAGACCCAUCUCCGGCUCCAUCCAAGAAGAUGAAUAACUGUUCUACCGAUUUGUCUACACAGAAGAGCAAAGCUUUUCCUGUACGCACCGAGCGUUUGGCAGCUAGCCUCCACAAAGGAAUUAAACUUCUUGAGUCGUAUUGCCAAAGUACAGCUCAAAGACGGUCGACAUUCAGGUUUUCCUUCAAAGCUCCAGAUAGUAAGCCUUCAGCCUUUAUAAGUAAGGCCGAUGCAGGUGUGCAGACGUUUCCCGAAGCUGAUGCAAUAUCAGAUGAGAAUACAAAAGAAGUUAUCUGCAGUAAAUGCAAAUCAAGAGAGGAGGUUGAUGCCCAGCAAAUGGGUGACAUGCCAAAUCUUCAGUUAGUACCUGUUGACAACUCGGAAGUGACAGAAAAACCCAAGAGCCAAGUUCCCAAAGCAGUGGAAAGGGUUCUAGCAGGAUCUAUCAGGAGAGAAAUGGCUUUUGAAGAGUGCUGCACUAAACAAACCUUUGAGAUAACCCAGCUUAACCGACUGGUACAGCAAUACAAACAUGAGAGGGAGUGUAAUGCCAUCAUAGGACAAACAAGGGAGGACAAAAUUAUUCGACUUGGAAGCCUUAUGGAUGGCGUACUAACUAAGGAGGAUUUCUUGGAUGAAGAAUUUGCUUCUCUCCUGCAUGAACAUAAACUUCUAAAGGACAUGUAUCAGAACCACCCUGAAGUGCUGCAGACGAGGAUUGAGCUGGAAAGAGCGCAAGAAGAGGUCGAGAGUUUCAGGAACUUUUACGGCGACAUGGGAGAAAGGGAAGUGUUACUGGAAGAGAUUCAGGAUUUAAAGAUGCAGCUACAAUGUUACAUUGACCCUUCUCUUACAUCAGCUCGGAAAACGUGUUCCCUGCUUAAGCUUUCGCACCAGGCUCCUUCAUCAGUUAACGAGAGUCUUGAGAAGACAUUAGAGCAGGAAAGACUUCGCUGGACAGAGGCAGAGACAAAAUGGAUCUCUCUCGCGGAGGAACUAAGAACAGAGCUUGAAGCCAGUAAAGCGGUGAUGAAUAAGCAGAAACACGAACUCGAUAUCGAGAAACGAUGUGGGGAAGAGUUGAAAGAAGCAAUGCAGAUGGCUAUGCAAGGGCAUGCGAAGAUGCUUGAACAGUAUGCAGAUCUUGAAGAGAAGCAUAUGCAAUUGCUCGCGAGACACAGAAGGAUUCAAGAAGGCAUCGACGACGUUAAAAAGGCAGCUGCGAAAGCCGGAGUUAAAGGAGCAGAGUCCAGAUUUAUAAACGCACUCGCGGCGGAGAUCUCGGCGUUAAAGGUGGAAAGAGAGAAGGAGAGACAAUACUUGAGAGAUGAGAACAAAAGUCUCCAGACACAACUUAGAGAUACAGCUGAAGCUGUACAAGCAGCUGGAGAGUUACUUGUUCGUCUUAAAGAAGCUGAAGAAGGUUUAACAGUUGCACAGAAACGAGCGAUGGAUGCAGAGUAUGAAGCUGCAGAGGCGUAUAAAAAGAUCGAUAAGAUGAAGAGAAGACACGAAAACGAAAUCAACACUCUUAACCAAAUCAAUAGUGUAAGCAAAGAAUGCUCAACGGAAUGUGAUGAAGCCGUGAAACCAAGUGAGAAGCAAUGGAGAGAUGAGUUUGAGCCGCUUUACAAUGAUGAAACCGAGUUUUCAAAGCUUGCUGAACUGUCUUGCUUCUCUGGUUAUGACCGGUGCAACAUCUAAUCCUAAUUUGCCACAAUUUGUAUAAAAUGGGUGUCUGAUUCUAUGAUGUAAAAGUUUCAAAAAAAUUCGGUUUUUUAUGCACAUAUACUCAGGGACGUUGCAUUUAAAAGCAGUCAUCUAAACCGUUAGAUUAAAAUUUCCUUUUUUCUCUGCCCAAUAAAAUUAUGCUGAUGUCAGC